AACAGUAAACAUUAUAAAACAACUUCUACACUACUAUUUCAAACACACUCUCUUUUAUACUUUACUUACACACACAAAAACUCAAUUCAAAACAAGAUUUUCAUACAUUUAAAUUAAAAACCUUGCAAGAAAAAGAGUUCAGUUGUAUUCAAGAGAUCGUUAAGAAAAGUCGUUUAGCGCAUAAAAAGUGGAUUUAUUUUUAAACCAACAAAAUCAAACUUGUGGAUUAAUUUCGUAAAAAACAAAACCAACAAAAUAAAAAUGGCUAGUGUUUGUAUGUCACAGAACAACUAUCAGCAACAUUUUGAAAUUGUCAACGGCAACAUGAUGAUGUUGCAGCAACAACAACAGCACCACCAGCAACAACAAAUGCCUUUACAGGUUCAAUAUGUCAACAAAUUGCAACCCAUUGCACCAGCUCAACCCAAAGUAUUGGGCAUCAGCAACUUGCAAAACAUCCAACAACAAUCAGAGGUCGGACCUAUGAUGGCCAAAAAGAAAUUCACCUAUACCAACAUGCCCUAUGGUGAGCAAAUGCCCUCAGUAGCCCGUCGCAAUGCCCGUGAGCGUAACCGUGUCAAGCAAGUCAACAAUGGUUUCUCCAAUCUCCGCCAACACCUACCACAAACCGUCAUCAACAACUUGUCCAGCGGUGGUCGUGGUGCCAGCAAGAAACUCUCCAAAGUCGAUACUUUACGCAUUGCUGUUGAAUACAUUCGUGGUCUACAAGAACUUUUGGAUUCAUCGAAUCCAGCUGGUUCCUCAAGCAGCAUGCCACAACAACACUAUGACGAAAUCAGCAAUGAUGGCAGCAACUAUGGCUACUCUUCUAUCGACAGCCCUGUUGACAACCAAUCCUAUCACAUGACUCAUUCACCCACCUCAUCCUACUCCGAUUCCGACAUCUCCGUCAAUGGUGCCAACACUUUUGUUCAACCUUUGAAAUUGGAAGAACCCGAACAACAAGAUUUCAAAUUUGAUUUCUCCGAACAACAUGAUGAUGAAGAACUUUUGGAUUACAUUUCAUCUUGGCAAGAUCAAUAAGUUGGCAAAUUUUGCCUUCAA